UUUCCCCAACAUGGCGGCGGCCGGAGACGAGCAGUUCCCGUUCCAAGGGCUCCUGCCCAAGAAGGAAACCGGCGCUGCCUCCUUCCUGACCCGUUAUCCCGAAUAUGACGGACGGGGAGUCUUAUUGGCCGUCUUAGACACGGGGGUGGACCCUGGAGCGCCGGGCAUGCAGGUUACCACUGAUGGGAAACCCAAGAUAAUUGAUAUAAUAGAUACAACCGGAAGUGGUGAUGUAAAUACCUCAACUGUUGUAGAACCGAAAGAUGGCGAAAUCAUUGGCCUUUCAGGAAGAACUUUUAAGAUCCCAGCUGACUGGAUAAAUCCAUCAGGGAAGUAUCACAUUGGUUUGAAAAACGGCUAUGAUUUCUAUCCAAAAGCUCUUAAGGAGAGAAUACAGAAAGAGCGCAAGGAAAAGCUUUGGGAUCCCGUACAGAGACUGGUACUGGCAGAAGCCUGUAGGAAACAAGAUGAAUUUGAAGCUGCUCACAACUCACCAUCACAGGAAAGCAAAUUAAUGAAGGAAGAGCUCCAGAGUCAAGUGGAGUUGUUGAAUUCUUUUGAGAAAAAAUACAACGAUCCUGGUCCUGUUUAUGACUGCUUGGUGUGGCACGAUGGUGAAACCUGGAGAGCGUGCAUAGAUUCAAGUGAAUCUGAUGACCUCUCCAACUGUACGGUUUUACGGAACUACAGAGAAGGUCAGGAAUAUGGAUCUUUUGGCACAUCGGAGAUGUUGAAUUACUCUGUCAAUAUUUAUGAUGAAGGAAACCUGCUCUCAAUUGUCACCAGUGGAGGCGCGCAUGGAACACAUGUUGCUAGUAUAGCUGCUGGCUAUUUUCCUGAUGACCCUGAACGCAAUGGGGUGGCUCCUGGCGCGCAAAUUCUUGCAAUCAAGAUCGGUGACACAAGGCUGAGCACAAUGGAGACGGGCACUGGCCUCAUUAGAGCCAUGAUAGAAGUAAUAAAAUACAAGUGUGACCUUGUGAAUUACAGUUACGGAGAGGCGACACACUGGCCGAAUGCUGGGAGAAUAUGUGAAGUGAUUAACGAAGCCGUAUGGAAACACAAUGUAAUCUAUGUUUCAAGUGCAGGGAAUAAUGGACCUUGCUUAUCUACUGUUGGGUGCCCUGGUGGGACUACAUCAAGUGUCAUAGGUGUUGGUGCUUAUGUGUCGCCUGAAAUGAUGGUUGCUGAGUACUCGUUACGAGAGAAGCUACCUGCAAAUCAGUACACGUGGUCGUCUCGAGGACCUAGUACGGAUGGAGCUCUAGGAGUGAGCAUCAGUGCUCCCGGAGGGGCUAUUGCCUCUGUUCCUAACUGGACUUUACGAGGAACACAGCUCAUGAAUGGCACGUCGAUGUCAUCACCCAAUGCAUGUGGGGGUAUUGCUUUGGUACUGUCAGGACUCAAAGCUAACGACAUGCGUUACACUGUUCAUUCAGUCAGGAGAGCAUUAGAAAAUACUGCAGUGAAGGUGGAAAACAUUCAUGUGUUUGCUCAAGGUCAUGGUAUUAUUCAGGUAGAUAAAGCCUAUGACUACCUCAUUCAGAAUUCAUCGUUCGCUAACAGCAUAGGUUUCACAGUUACUGUUGGCAACAACCGUGGAAUUUACCUUAGAGAUCCUGUGCAGGUCGCUGCUCCUUCAGACCAUGGAGUUGGCAUAGAGCCCUUCUUUCCUGAGAAUACAGAAAACACCGAAAGGAUAUCUCUCCAGCUUCAUUUAGCUUUAACUUCAAGUGCACCCUGGGUUCAGUGUCCUGCUCACCUGGAGCUCAUGAAUCAGUGUAGACAUAUUAACAUUCGUGUCGACCCGCGUGGUCUGCGUGAAGGAGUUCACUAUACAGAGGUGUGCGGUUAUGAAAUAUCGAUGCCUAACGCAGGACCUUUGUUUCGAGUUCCAGUCACUGUUGUCGUACCAGGAAGAACAAAUGAAGCUUCACACUAUGAACUGAAAUUUACUGAUGUUCAUUUUAAACCUGGUCAGAUUCAAAGGCACUUUAUUGAAGUUCCUGCAGGAGCAACAUGGGCUGAAGUAACUGUGUGUUCGUCCUCACCUGACGUGACUGCCAAGUUCGUUCUCCAUGCGGUUCAGCUAGUGAAACAGAAGGCAUACCGAAGCUAUGAGUUCUACAAAUUCUCUUCUGUACCAGAAAAGGGAUCAGUAACCGAAGCAUUUCCUGUCUUAGGUGAAAGAACUAUUGAAUUUUGUAUUGCCCGUUGGUGGGCGAGCCUCCAUGAUGUCAGCAUUGACUACACCAUUUCUUUCCACGGCAUAGUUUGCGCUCCUUCUCAGCUGAACAUCCACGCUUCAGAAGGCAUAGUCCGCUUUGAUGUCCAGUCAUCGUUGAAGUACGAAGACAUUGCUCCGAGCAUAAAUCUUAAAAGUUGGGUUCAGACACUAAGACCUCUGAGUGCUAAAAUAAAACCAUUAGGACCAAGAGAUGUUCUGCCAAAUAAUCGACAGUUGUAUGAGAUGAUUUUGACAUACAACUUUCAUCAGCCAAAGAGUGGGGAAGUUACUCCAAGCUGUCCCUUGCUUUGUGAACUCUUGUAUGAAUCGGAAUUUGACAGCCAGUUAUGGAUGAUCUUUGACCAAAAUAAAAGACACACGGGGUCAGGGGAUGCCUAUCCGCACCAGUAUUCCGUGAAGCUGGAGAAGGGAGAUUAUACAGUUCGGCUACAGAUUCGUCAUGAACAGAGCAGUGAACUCGAUCGUAUCAAAGACCUUCCAUUUAUUAUCUCCCACAGACUAACUAGUGCCCUGAGUUUAGAUAUUUAUGAAAACCACAGCCAGGCCCUCUUAGGGAAGAAGAAAUCAAAUAGUCUGUGCCUGCCGCCAAAACACAACCAGCCUUUCUUUGUUACAUCUUUGCCAGACGACAAAGUACCUAAAGGAGCAAGCCCGGGGUGCUACCUUGCAGGAUCACUGACGCUUUCAAAGACAGAGCUUGGAAAGAAAGCGGGGCAGUCUUCAGCAAAGCGGCAAGGAAAGUUUAAAAAGGAUGUCAUUUCAGUUCAUUAUCAUCUGAUCCCAUCACCGAUAAAAAAUAAGAACGGCAGCAAAGAAAAGGAGAAGGAGCCCGAAAAAGAAAAAGAUGCAAAGGAUGAAUUUGCUGAAGCUUUACGGGACCUGAAGAUUCAAUGGAUGACUAAGCUUGAUACCAGUGACAUGUAUAAUGAAUUGAAAGAGGCCUUUCCUAAACACCUUCCUCUGUAUGUCGCAAGACUUCAUCAGUUGGAUUCUGAAAAGGAACGAAUGAAAAGACUGCCUGAAAUUAUUGAGGCUGCCAAUAUGGUUAUCUCGCACAUCGAUCAAACAGCGCUUGCAAUUUACCUUGCUAUGAAGACCGAUCCCAGGCCUGACGCUGCUACUAUAAAAAAUGAGAUGGACAAGCAGAAAUCGACUCUGGUAGAUGCUCUCUGUCGGAAAGGGAGUGCAUUGGCCGACCAGCUUCUGCAGUUGCAGGCCCAAGCCGGGGCAGAAUCGGGUGAUACGGAAAGUAAAGACGACGUCCAGGAGAGCUGCCUAGAUGCUCUGACGGAAACUUUCUGGGAAACAACAAAAUGGACUGACUUAUUGGACACCAAGGUUUUGCCUUUUGCGUAUAAACAUGCGCUGGUAAAUAAGAUGUAUGGGAGGGGCCUCAAAUUUGCCACAAAACUUGCCGAGGAGAAACCAACCAAAGAGAACCUGAAGAACUGUAUCCAGCUAAUGAAAUUACUUGGAUGGACUCACUGUGCAUCUUUCUCUGAAAACUGGCUUCCUGUCAUGUAUCCACCUGAUUAUUGUGUGUUUUGAAAUACCUGCAGUUGUAAAUUUGAGGUGCUCCUAUUGGCCAGAUAUAAAGAUAUGUGAUGAUCUUACUGGAAUGCAUGUUUUCAUCCAUUAUUGAAUGCUUAAAUUGUGUGUAUUACUCAAAAGGACAAAGAAUUGCAGUAUAUGUGUGCGCUACUUUGACUCCUGACGACAGGGAGUCUGUUUAGACUUUGACGCAUCAUUUGUUGGGGUUACCCUAGAAC